AUGAAAGGUGCUCCCAGAAUAAUACAAACUUUUAACAAACUAUUUAAAAUUAGAAAUGUUGGAAGACCCUCCACUCCCAACACCAACGUUUCUAUUCGCACACCUUCCAAUUCAAAUUCCAAUUCUCAAGGGAACUCCACGGAGGUAGAAGAGUCGGAAGAAGGAGAAGAAGAUGAAGAUGCUUCCACCACAAGCCUAAACGUGUCGACCGAAUUCCUCCGAGCCGUGCAGGCCCCCUCCAAUCUGAUUGCCCUGUUAAUCAAGAUCGUCUCUAAAUCAAAAUCAUCCUUGAUAAGUAUAAUUGAUUACUGUAUGGUCUAUAUGUUCCAGAUUGGGAGUUUGAUGUAUCAGCCUCGACCUCUUCGUUGCCUCCUAUUAGUGGUGGUGAUAUUUACACGGUCCUCCAACCUGACUCCAACAGCAUUCGUGAAGCCCUCGCCAAGUCCAAACCUAUUAGCAACCUCACGUGUCUCGUCUCCACCUACUUCGACCACAAUGAAACCACAUCUGACUUUUGUCUCCGCCUCCUCCUCACCAUCCUCCGCGCGCGCGACCUAUAUGCGCCACUCUCCCGCCUCCUCUCCGUCCUCCCCGUUAAUGGGCUGCCGCUCUCCCAGGCCCAGUGCGACCACGCCUACGACCUCUUCCUCCAAUUCGACCGCCAGGAGAACUCCUUCGUGCUCUCCCACCUCCACCAGCUCCGCGACAGCUUGUCCCACUUGA